GCCGCGAGGCGUGGCCGGCGACCCCGCGUGGUGCCGCGGGUGGGGACAGGAAGCCAAGCGCCUCUCGCCUGGAGCUCAGUGUGGAGUCCGAGACUUCACAGCAGGGUCGCGUGGGAGGAGCGCGUCUGCCCGGAGCCGCUGCCCGGAGGGCGCCGGGCUUUGCUCGGGUCAUAGGCUCCCCGGACCCAACGCGCCGCCCGGGCAGAGGCCGGUGCGCAGAUCUGGGCGCCAACCCCGACCCCGUCCCAGGUCCCUCAGGGGAGGCUGACCCGGACAGCAGGUGCCGGCCGCGCAGGGGUCUGGGUCCCCGGAGGAGGAGAAGGGCCCUGGCCGGCGGAGCGGGGGUCAGGGCUGCCCUGCCCGGCGGCUCCCAUGCUCCUGUCCUGGCUCGCUGGCCUCGGGACUGGCCUCGUGCUGCUGCACUUCCUGCAGAGGCUUCUGCUCCCUUACUUCUGGGACGACUUCUGGUUCCUGCUCAAGGUGGUAAGCUAUGGGCUUCAGGUGGAGAUGUGCAAACGGAGAGGACGGCUGGACACUGUGCUGGAGAAAUUCCUGAGGCACACCAAGAGGCAGCCCCGGAAGCCCUUCAUCAUUCACGAGGGACAGGUCUACACCUACCAGGACGUGGACAAAAGGAGCAACCGAGUGGCCCGUGCCUUCCUGAGCCAUUCCUCUCUGAAAAAGGGGGACGUCGUGGCUUUGCUGAUGAGCAACGAGCCCGACUUUGUGCACGUGUGGUUUGGCCUCGCUAAGUUGGGCUGCGUGGUGGCCUUCCUCAACUCCAACGUCCGCGCGCACUCGCUGCUGCACUGCAUCCGCACCUGCGAGCCCAGGGCCCUCGUGGUGGGCGCAGAUUUGCUUGGAACUGUAGAAGAAAUCCUUGCCAGCCUCCCCAAAGAUGUCAGUGUUUGGGGGCUGAAAGAUUCUGUUCCACAAGGAAUAAUUUCACUCAAACAAAAACUCAGCACAUCAUCUGAUGAGCCUGUGCCCCACAGUCAUCAUGCUGUCUCAAGCCUCACAUCCACUUGUCUUUAUAUAUUUACAUCUGGAACAACAGGUUUACCAAAAGCUGCGGUGAUUAGUCAGUUGCAGGUCCUGAAGGGCUCCGCUGGACUGUGGGCUUUUGGUUGUACUGCUGACGACGUUGUUUAUAUAACCCUUCCUCUGUAUCACAGCUCAGCAGCACUCCUUGGAAUUGGUGGAUGUGUUGCAUUGGGUGCCACUUGUGUGCUAAAGAAGAAAUUCUCGGCGAGUCAGUUUUGGAGUGAUUGCAAGAAAUACAACGUGACUGUGUUUCAGUAUAUUGGAGAACUCUGUCGCUAUCUUUGCAAACAACCUAAGAGAGAAGGAGAAAAAUGUCAUCAGGUGCGUUUGGCAGUUGGAAAUGGUUUACGGAGUGAUGUAUGGAUACAGUUUUUAGACAGAUAUGGAAAUAUUAAGAUGUGUGAAUUUUAUGGAGCUACUGAAGGAAACAUUUGUUUCAUGAACCACACUGGGAAAAUUGGAUCAGUUGGGAGAACAAAUUUCUUUUACAAACUUUUUUUCAGUUUUGACUUGAUAAAGUAUGAUUUUCAGAACGAUGAACCAAUGAGAAAUGAACAAAACUGGUGUAGCCGUGUAAAAAAGGGAGAACCUGGACUUCUCAUUUCUCGUGUGAAUAAAAAGAAUCCCUUCUUUGGCUAUGCUGGGUCUUACAGGCACACAAAAAACAAAUUACUUUUUGAUGUUUUUAAGAAGGGAGAUGUUUACUUUAACACAGGAGACUUAAUGGUCCAAGAUCAGGAGAAUUUCCUUUAUUUUUGGGACCGUAUUGGAGACACAUUCAGGUGGAAAGGAGAAAAUGUUGCCACCACAGAGGUUGCGGACGUUAUUGGAAUGUUGGAUUUCAUACAGGAAACAAAUGUCUAUGGUGUGGCUGUGUCAGGUUAUGAAGGAAAAGCAGGAAUGGCUUCCAUUAUUUUAAAACCAAAUAAGUCUUUAAACUUAGAAGAGUUUUAUGAACAAGUUGUAACAUCUCUACCAUCUUAUGCCUGUCCACGAUUUUUAAGAAUUCAGGAAAAAAUGGAAACAACGGGAACAUUCAAACUGCAGAAGUUUCAGUUGGUAGAAGAAGGAUUUAAUCCACUGAAGAUUUCCGAUCCACUUUACAUUAUAGAUAACUUGAAAAAAUCGUAUGUGCCAUUGACCCAAGAACUUUAUGAGCAGAUAAUUUUAGGGGAGGUAAAACUUUAAGUUUUUUGUAGAUACAGUAUUUCCGUUUGUAUUCCUAAGAAGGAUGAGAGGACAGGACAGGUGCUACUUGACUCACAGUUGGGCAGUCUCCCAGUAAAGCCAUCAUCCAUUGAAAAUAUCAAGACAAAAGUGCAUUUAUGCAAUUAAUACACCAAACAUCACAAUUAGCAGAACGGCACACUGUGACAUCAGCUCUCUGCCCUUGUGACUGUGCGUCGGGCUCAGAGCUGUGGCUCCGCAUCUCAAGAGAGGAGUUUGCUAUAUGUCAACAGUUUGGGAAGAGGCCGCAAUUCAAAGUGCAAUUUUUAACCAAGUGCAUAACAGAAAGUAAAAGCAAAAACUCGUAACUAUAAGCACCAUAAACUGAGAAUCAUAUAUGUGAUUCCUUAUUAUGAAAUUGUGGGAUGGAGCUCACUGUAACCUUUGCUAUAUUUCUUUAAUAUGCAAGAUAAUUUCUUUAGUAAGAUUUUAGUAAUCUUUAGUAAGAUUUGCUUUAAUGGAUACAAACUUUAGUUGAUUGUCCUUUUCCCCUAUUUUCAGAUUCAGGGCAUAACUAAAUAUUUGUCUUAACAUUAACCAUUCAGUAAUAAAUAUAUAGUUAAAUUUGUUUAGAUAAUCAUUCAGGAAAUAUUUUCUAACAUGUAAAGUUUCUAGUUUUUAAUACAUAUUUACAUUUUACUCAAAUAUUUUGUCAUAUUUUAUCCUGUAACCCAAUAAAAUCAUUAUUCUAUGUUGUGA